UAGGAUCACCAACAUGAUUGCCAACGUCCGAUAACGGAUAUGGCAAAAGAAGAACUGCAUCAAUAUUUGCUUUUAAAAUUCAUUUAAUAGCUCUAAAAUUCUUCAUGUAAGAAGCUAGUGUUGUUCCAUAUGAUUACUUUUUUUCCUUCACGAAGAAAACAGUAGUAUACUAAUGAUAACAGGCUCUUAGAUGACCGGUUACAAAAAAAAUUUCACCUGAUAUAACUUCAAUGUUGUAUGUCAAGAUAUAGAGAUCAACGGCCACAAGGUGGAGCUAGUGGCAUGAUGCUAGAGUAGAGGAUCUUAUUCAGAUAGCAUUCAAGAUUUGCAAAGGAAAAAGGUAAUGCGAUUUGGUUGACUUCUGAUAGGGCCAGAAUACACAAAACUAUCUGGCAGCAAGUGCUGCUCUAAUGACAUUUGAAUUCACCCCAUAAUCAAGAAACAAUUUGAUGUUUAGGCUUUAUUAAUAAAGUGAAGACAGGAUGCAAUUCCCAACUUUAAUAUAAGUAGGAUGCCAUGAAAGUUUGUUUGGGCAAUUUAAGCAUGAGUAAGAAACCAAAAUCCUAAAUUUGUAUAAUUAUGUUGCACUUUAAUGCAUGCAGAAAUAUUGUUGCCUUCUUCAGGAACUCAAAGGGCCCUUAUAUAGGAUAUUUUUUUUAUGCUCCACAACCAUAUGUGAGGAGACUGGGAUGAAAGUCACCCAGUGAAAAUCCAUGGUGACACCAGCUUCCUUCAGACUCAAUGGCACUGGAGGGCUUAAAGAAUCAACUGCUGCAGUGCAAAAUUGUGGAUCCUGCUAAGACUUUAUAUAAAAUCAUAUGAAAUAACUGAGUUUCUUAAACUUUUUUCUUCCGGGACCCCUUCCUACUUUUAAAAAUUAUGGAGGCAUACGCAAAUAGCUUUUCUUUGUUUGUAAUAUGUAUUUACUAUAUUAAACAUUAAAAGUGAUUUAUUCUCUGAUGUUCCCACUUCUCAAAAUUAUUUCAUGGGAUUUUAAUAUUGUAUUAUUAUUCAACAAUACGCUGGCAAAUAACUUUGAUUUCACAAAUUCCCCCAGUGGUCCUAAGACCACACUUUAAGAAACACUGAAAUAUCCAAAUACAGGCCAUUUUCCUAGAAGGCUGCAUUCUGUUAUGUCACUAGUAUGUGAUGAAAGCUGGAUCCGGAUAAUCAAUUAUAAGGAUACUCCUUCCUUCCUUCCUUCCUUUCCUUUCUCUCUCUCUCUUUCUUUCUUCCUUCUCUUUCUUUCUUUCGUUCUUUCUCUCCCACAAUUCCUUGGAUAUCACCGGUUGUAAUAGUUCUUUCUAUGCAUACGAAUGUAAUCAGAAUUUUGAAUUGUCAUUUCAGGUGGAUCCUAUGAACAAGUACGAAGAUCUAUGAAGGUCCGACUUCUCCUUUCUUCCUUGCAGCAAAGCCGUUUGCUAAACUGGCAACUGAGUCCAUGGCCUUCUCCCUAUCCCACCUCGGAAAUCCCGCCGUUAUCCUGCCAGCGCUCAGAGAGUACGUUCAAUUUAUAUAUCACGGCUUCCCAAACGAUAGCUAAAUCACCUAAAAAACCACCUCGUCUGCCCCAGCGAAGGUUCUCUACUGGGCAUGCGUAGAGUCUUUCCAAGCAUAAUCUCAUAAAUCUCGCGAGAUCGAAUCCGCCUGGCGCGGGUUCUGAGACUAAAAUUCAAAUGCUGGUUUGCGGGGAUUGUUGCACUUUUUAGGUAAAGGCGAAGCAGUUUCAGUGUUAAAAGAAAAUGGAGACAGACAGAGACAUAUGUUCACGUCUUCAGUGUCAACUGAAAGAAGCUGAAGAGGAAAGAAGAAAAGCAGCACAGUAUGGUUUAAAGUUGGUGGAAAGCGAAAACUUGCUGCAGAAUCGACUAGAUGAAAUGCAAAAUGAAAUGGUUACCAUAACAGAGAAUUUUGAACAAGAAAAAUAUACUCUCCAGAGAGAAGUAGAACUGAAGAAUCGAAUGUUGGGAAGUUUAAAUCUUGAAUGUGAGGCUCUUAAGCAGCAGCAAAAUGUACAGCUGGAUGCAAUGCGUAAGCAAUUGGAAACAUUACACGGGCAAGAAAUAAAAGAGCUUAAAAAUAAGGUUGAAAAACUAAAAUCAGAGUUAGAUGAAGUGUUACUUAGUGAGAAACAACUGAAGCAUAAAGUGGACCAUCUGAAAGAUGUGAUUGCUUCAAAAUCAGAAGAACUACACAUAAUGUCAGAACGUGUACAAGAAACUAUGUCUUCAGAAGUGCUCAGUCUUCAGCUUGAACUUCUAUCCCUUGAGCAAGGAAAGGCAGAUCUUGAGGACAAGUUACAUGAUCUGCAAUACAGUAAAGAACAGCUGGAACUUGGAAAUAGCAAUUUGAUGAAUCGAGUGGCUCGGCUUGAAGAAGAGAAAGAAGAGAGAGAAAAAGAUCUUGUUUCAUUUUUCAAUUCAUUAAAGGAAGCACGUGAAACGAACCGAAAUCUUCAAGUUCAGCUUGACCAUGCGCUACAGCAGGCUUUGGAUUUUCCCAGUCAAGGCAAUUCUCUAUUUGCUGAGGUAGAGGACCGUAGAGUAGAAAUGGAGCGUCAACUAAUUAGCAUUAAAGUAAAAUAUCAGUUAUUACAAAAACAGCAUAAUUUCACCAGAGAACAGUUACAAAGAGUCAAGCUGCAGAUGGCUACACUUCUAAGAAUAAAAGGUUCACAAGGAGAGCAUGACCAGUUGGAACGUUUACAAAGCAUGCUUCAACAAAAGAAUGGUGAAAUAGAAGAACUGCUCAUGAAACUGAAACAAUUAGAAAAAUCAAUGAAGGUAUCUGAGAACUCAAGAGAGCUGAAACCGUUUAAAGCCUCAGAAGAUGCUGAAUUUGAAAAUGGCUAUUAUGUUGAUUUGCUUCAAAUGAAACUUGAAAAUUCAGAUAAGGAGAAAGAAAAUUUGAAGAAUGAAUUGUCUCUACAGCGGAUGAAAGCUUUAUUUGAAAGUCAGCGAGUCUUAGAGAUGGAGCGAAAGGUUUUUGUAACGGAAAAGCAACUUGAAACUUGUCAAAGUGAGAACAUAAAUUUGCGUGUGCUGCUAGAUGAAUUGAAAAUCAAAUAUGAACCAGAAGAGUUAAUGGGCAAACUGAUCAGCCUCAAGAAGGAUGCAAGAAAUGGGUCUUCAGACAGCGUCAAUAUCAGUAAUUCUUUGUGUGAAUCUUCUUAUUUGCCAUUUCAAAACAAGGAAGAAACAAAAGAAGCUAAGACUGAUCUCAAAACUACACUUCAAAUUAAGUCAAUGAAUGUUGUUCCUCUUCCACCAAUAGAACAAAAAGGAAAGAAGACUGUGAAAAUUGAGGAGAAAGACUUUGACAGAACAGCUAUGAAUAAGAAAAUUGGGAAUGAUGCAGGAUUGCUUCAGACCACCAGGUUAACCUCUGACCCUGGUUUAAAGAUUGAAGAAAAUCAUCUUGGUGCAGUUGAAGAUAUAUCCAAGCACAAGAAGAAAACCAAAAAGAAUGUUUAUCCCAUAACAUAUGUAUCUUCCAAGCAAAACUUUGAAAAUCAAUGCACUCAACAAUGAAUGUUUUUGUCACUUUUGUGAGUCCUUUCAAAUGUAUCUGAAGUAGCCUGCCCCCCAAUCUGCAAGGUUCCAGAUGUAUGGACUGUGACUCUCAUUACCUCUGGUCAAUAUAACCAAUAGUUGUAUUGAUUGGGAAUGAUAAAAGUUUUAGUUCAAUUCAUCUAGAAGGUUCCAGAUUGGGGAAAGCUGUUGCAGAAUAAGUGAUGAUAAAUUAUUUUGUUCAGUGCUUUUUAAUAAUAUCAGUUGAACAUAACGCCUGAACAGUUUGAAGUUGGUACUUCAGUUGUAAGUUUCAUAUAGUAUAUUUUUAAAAACUGCAAAUCUGUAAGAAAAAUAUUAGUAUGCAGCUUACUAGCAGUUUAUUCAUACUAGUAUAUAAUCCAUUCUUUAUAUAAAUUCCAAGUGAAAAUGUAAGACUAGAUAUAAAUAAAUGGAUGUAAUAUAUGUUAAUGAGAGUGUAACAUAGCACUAUUUUGCUCUACUUGUAUGUAUGUAUUAAUUAAAUAAAAUUUUCAAAUAGUUUCAUUCAUUUGUAAUAAAUAUUAAAUAAAAUUUCAGAGGUGUAAAAUGCAUUACCUGUUUCUGGUUGCUUCUCCCUUAGCAAAAUUGUAGUUUUCUACUAAAAAGAGAAUCCAUACACCAUUGUGUC